CUCUCACCCUUUGAGCUAGCGCUAGGCUAGGAUUUGUGUCAUUGCCCUUGCAGAGACGGUAUUCCCGUCAGCAGCCGGUUUGGCGCAGAUGAAAGACAUUGGGGGAAGAAGGAAACUCCAAUCAAGCAGCGCAAUGAAAGGACCGGGAUUUUAGCGCCGGGGACCGGCAAAAGUACAGCGCGCUGUUGGCAACAGAGGGUUUAAUCGCCUUGAGUCGCGCUGGAGAGCCAGAGAAGCCAUUGGCACAAUGUUUUAUUGUCUUUUGUGUCCUCUUUUUUUCCCCUCUUCAAUCCCCACUGGGAAUGUCACUGACAGGCCCGUAUCAGUGUCAGAGGGCGGUGCUGUCCUUGCGCUGUGGGGUUAGUUUAGCGCAUCAGCGCCCCCUCCUCCUCCUCCCCGUGUUCCUUGCGUCACUGUGUGCGCGUUUCAGAGCGAUGCUGCGAGCGGCUGAGGAAUGGCUGAGGGAUGGCCGCUGCCUGUGUCCUGCUGCUGCUGCUGCCGCUGCUGAUGGCCGGGGAGAGGCUGCACCCGCCACCGCUACUGCUGCUCAGCACUGAGUCAUCGGACCGGCGCUCUCCGUGGUGCUGAAGUCGCCGAGUGUGUCCUCCGGUGAGGCUGAGAAUACUGGGUACUGGAUCCUGCCCGUGGAGAGGUCCCAAGAGGAGAAGGAGGAGGAGGCUCGAUUCUAGCACAGGAAGAAAUAGUGGAAGGUCUGCGGCUACUGGUCACACAAGUGGAAACUGUAUAUAUGUCUGUGUGUGUGGGAAGAGCAGCGUGGGAAGCAGAUUACUGUAGAGAAGGACAUGGUUGGAAUAGGCAUUGGGCUGGCUUCCUAAUAUCCCCCCACACUACGAGACGCUGGCAGAAGCAGGCUCAUGAAGACACACGUCUUUUGUUGGAUAUACUUAUUAUGAUAUACUUUUGUGUUUUGUAUUGCAUCGAGAUUUACAGACCUUUCCAUUUUGUGGCCAGUUUUUUUGUUUUUAACUCUUUGGAAACAUCAUUGGAUUUAAAAGCCAGACGUUCCAUUCAUUCAUGUUUCCCGGAGGAGUUUGAUUGACAGAAGGUGUUCUGACAGCGCUGGGAAGUAUUCCGUUCAAGAGAAAAGCAAGAGCUAAUGGUGCAAGAAGAAAAUCACCUCUAAUAGUUAUUCACAAAAAGUCAGAAGCGAUCCCUAUCUGGGCAAAAUGGGCGAGCAACCCAUCUUUAGCACCAGAGCCCAUGUCUUCCAGAUAGACCCGAACACUAAGAAGAACUGGGUUCCAACCAGCAAGCAUGCCGUUACUGUGUCCUAUUUUUAUGAUAGCACAAGAAAUGUCUACAGGAUAAUAAGUCUGGAUGGAUCAAAGGCAAUAAUAAACAGCACCAUCAGUCCAAACAUGACAUUCACAAAGACAUCCCAGAAGUUUGGCCAGUGGGCAGAUAGCCGGGCUAAUACUGUCUAUGGCCUGGGAUUCUCCUCUGAACAUCAUCUCUCUAAAUUUGCAGAAAAAUUUCAGGAAUUCAAAGAAGCAGCUCGACUAGCGAAGGAGAAAUCCCAGGAAAAGAUGGAAUUAACUAGCACACCUUCCCAGGAGUCUGCUGGAGGAGACAUCCAGUCGCCAUUAACACCAGAAAGCAUUAAUGGAACAGAUGAUGAAAGGACAACUCCAGAAAUGACGCCAAACUUCGAACCAAGGGCUGAACCUACGCAGAACGCAUUGCCAUUUACACACAGUUCUGCAAUCAACAAGCAUUGGGAAGCAGAACUGGCUACACUUAAAGGAAAUAAUGCCAAACUCACAGCAGCCUUGCUGGAGUCUACUGCCAAUGUGAAACAAUGGAAGCAACAGCUUGCAGCCUAUCAAGAGGAAGCAGAGCGUCUACACAAACGGGUGAGCGAAUUAGAAUGUCUGAGCAAUCAAGCUAAUGCUGUGCAGUCUCACAAGACGGAACUGAAUCAGAAGAUACAAGAACUAGAAACCACACUGAAAAAGAAAGAAGAGGAGAUAGAAAGGUUGAAAGAAGAGGUCGAACAUGCGAAAGAGUUGCAAGAUCAGAAGGAUUCUUUGAGCCAAAAAUUACAGGAGGUAGAAAUGCAUAACAAAGACAUGGAAGGACAAUUAAGUGACUUAGAGCAACGGUUGGAGAAAAGUCAGAACGAGCAGGACGCUUUCCGCAAUAACUUGAAGACCCUUUUAGAAAUCCUGGAUGGAAAAAUCUUUGAACUCACCGAACUCCGAGACAACCUGGCCAAACUGUUAGAGUGCAGCUAGAAAGAGACCAGCGCCAAUGGCUUUCCCCUCUUCUUAAAGAUGCACUGUCUCUCAUGACAGCACUAGGAUGGGCUCUGCCUCCACGUUGCACAAAACCAGAAUGGGUUGCAAAAUUUUUAGUUGGGUGACGUAUAAAAAUUUAGACUGAACUAUCUAAAAAGAGGGGAAAUUUAAAAACAAAUAAAAAAGAACAAAAAACAAAAUAAAACUUGAAAUACAAAUUACCUCCUAUUCCAUUAUUGGCCAUAAUGAACUUUAACACAUUCGCUGCCAGAUGAACUCUAGCACCGAAUGUUUCUGGUUAUUCGUAUUCCGCAACCGUAGUUUUAAAGAAAUCCUCUUUUUGCUUUGUAGACAGUAUAGAAAGUAUUAAACAUUAGUGGACUGUGUUAUACACGAUAUUCUGGGUCAGUUUUAGGGUAGAGCAGAAUUGGGCUUUUGCCUGGCUCCCCACUGGGUGACAAAAAAUAUAUGUCAACAGUUCCAUCCUAAUGUUUUCAGUAAAUACAUCAGGGA